GCGCAGCGCCCGCUCCUCGACAAGCCCAACGCCGACGUGACGGCGGCGGCGGCUAACUGGGGCGUCGCGCGCGACGGGGUAAGCGGAGUCGCGCCCCGCUUCAACCCUCAGGACCUCUCGUGGGGCCUCCGGAACUGCCUCCGCUUCUUACUCCGCCAGCGGUUCCACUGGGCGGGCGACGCGCAAGAGUUCGACGCCCAGGUGGUCCGCGAGAUCGGCGGCGACGUGCGGAGCAUGGCCGCGGACGCUCCUGCGGCGUGGACGGCGAGGCUCUUGCAGCUCGCCUUCCAGACCGCCACGUUGUACGGCACCACCACGGUUGUUUUUUUUUUCUCUGUGUCUGGCGCCAAGAUGGCCUACGAGAGCGUCGAGGUCAUACUCACAGGCACCGAUGAUGAUGUUCACGCCGCGGCCGGCCAGAUGGUCAAGUGCGCGCAGCUGCGCGGCGCGCCCGAGCCCGACGACAUCUCGAUCGUGAUCGGC